GAAAUUUCGAAAAAAGAAGGCAGUCAGUCUACCACAGCUCUCCCGCAUCUCGACCCCGCGAACGACAACAUCCAAGCAAACCACCACCUACUUGCUUCUAGUCAACCCCGAACGCAAGCCGCAGCAAUGGAGAACGACAAGGGCGAGAUCGUCGAUCUCUACGUUCCGCGCAAGUGCAGCGCCACCAACCGCAUCAUCAAGGCCAAGGACCACGCCUCCGUCCAGAUCUCCGUCGCCAAGGUUGACGAGAACGGCCGCGCCGUCCCCGGCGAGAACCACGUCUACGCCCUCUCCGGUUUCGUUCGUGCGAUGGGCGAGAGCGACGAUGCCUUCAACCGUCUGGCCCAGCGUGAUGGCCUCGUCAAGGCUGUCUGGUCCGGCCAGCGCUAAAUGCUGAAAGGAUGCGACCUCGGGGGGGAAGGAUGGUACGUCGGGAGUUUUAUUGUACGGCCCGCAAAAGGGCUGUUUACAACAGUCGGACGGUUGGGCUGACUUGUCAAAAGGGUCUAGUCGUUCGGUCUGGUCGGUCGACAUCAUGGAUCUAGAGUUGGUUGCAUGGUAUAUCGCCAAUUCGAGGCGUCCGGCUCUCUGCGGAGAGGAAAAUGGCAUAGGAAUGGUUCACGACUACCCAACAAAAUGAGAUUUUCCGCGUUCGAGAUCAAGACAAACUACCACAAAAGUCCCCAGUGACCACUCGUCCUCACCCCCCUUCGCCCCCGAUGCAAUCUCUUUGCUCUUCUCCCACGCCCCCGGCUAGCGAAGGAUUCUCGUGCCACCCUCGAUGGUCUCCCAUGGUCGAGGAUUCUGGGGCUACUCUGAUAGCCUCCGUGCCGCAGAUUGAUGCAGGCCUUGAAAAAGCCGUGGCUGUUAAGGUGUUCGUCAUGGUACAGAUACGGGUCUCACAUGUCUAGGCGCAGCUGCCAGACUGUCAAUACGAAAAUGAUUCCAUU